AUGCCAGCCUGGGCCAGGCUUCCUCUCGAGCUUCAAGGGGACGAGGGAGAGAGAAAAUACAAAAUGGCGCACUUGUACUCUUACCAUGGAUAUUAUUAUCCAAAACUAACACUGCUUUUACCGAUUAUACAUGUAAUUGCUGAGUUAAUUUCUGCAAUAUAACUGUGAAAUCGCAGGUGAGUAAGCCGACAAACUUGUAUAAAUUGUUGGUGUUUUUUAUACAUCGAGCUCUUUCCAGCGGAUUCGCAUCCCUGUUGUCUUCCCGGCAGGCUGGCCAAUUGGACUGUAGUUUGUUACAUUUCAGUUUUAUGAAGCCAAUUUUUAGGGGACUAAGUUGUCAGUUAAAAUUGUUUGCUUUUUUUCUUGCAAUCAGACUGUUUGUAAAUGUUUUUGCAGUUCAGUCAUGUCCAAGAAUCGCCUGUUGAAAGAGGCUCAGCGCACUUUGGAUUUGAUGGUGCAGGCAAGCUUAAGUUUAACUAAAAAUUGUCUGUUCAGUCUGAAAAGUAGACAGAGUGUAGUGUUAGCUUACUCAGUUUCCGAUCUUGCAAGUAAUUUUAAAAUUUGCUCUUCACCUGGAGUACAUACGUAUCUAAGGUCUUUAUACGUUUCGUGGAUACCUUUUUUGAGUGUGGAUAAUUAACAAUUAUUCUUUGAAAUCGAGGUGAAUAGUGGCUGUAUUCCCAAAGUCACUAUUCACCGAGAUUGAAAAGAAUAAUUGUUUUAGUAUAUACACCCGAAGUGAUCUCAACAAAAUUAGAGUGGAAAUCAUUUAAAAGUUAGAUCUUUGCUGAAUUUUCAAACAUGGCAAUUCACAAGUUUAUCAUUUCGCAAACAACAGCGUAAUGGCUUAAAUGGAACGGCUAACAGUUUGAACUGUUUCCUUACCUGAGAAGAAAAGUAGAGUUUUGUUGUUUUCUGUUGACUCGCCAAGUUUACAGCCAAAAAGGUUUGUUGUGUCGUUCUUCGCAUGAAGUGCUGACAUAAAUUGCGGCUCGGUUGCUCGAGGUAAGACGUCGUCUUCCUGUAUCAUUCUUUUUCCUGUUUACUUGAAACGUAGAAUUUAUUUACAUUUCCUUUUAACUUUGUUUGUCGUAAAUAAACUUCGAUUUUUGGGCCAAAAUUUUCUUCUUAGAAAACGCUGAGUUCACGAAACGGCUUCUUCUAAGCGAAUACACGGGAGUUGUAAACAAUCCAUCGAGAACAAAACUCGGUUACAGUAAAUUUAAAACGCCGUAUUGAAUCCUUCCAAGUCUUUUCUUGCCUCAAAAAAAGUCAGCCCUAGGAUUUUGUCGACUUUUAAAGGAUCGUUCUCUAAAAAAAUGGGAAAAACACCGAGCUCACACAUUAUCCACUCGCUAGGAGGUGAAUAUUGUUGAAUAGUCCGAGAGAGGGAACCAAUCAGAUUGCUUUAAUCACCAAGAUUACUGAGUGUGGAUAUACUAAUAUAUGAUGUUGUACCAGUACAGUACAUUGCUUCCCACAUACCUAACCUUGUGAAGCUCGGUAUAGUGUGAUAAAAAUUUCUUACACUCAUUUGAUUAUUUUUUUACAGAAAAUGCGUAAUAUAGAUAUUAAAUAUUAUUAUAUAGCGAUAUUCUAGAGUGCAAAAAAAGAGCCAAGGAAAUGGUGUCUUCAAAUAUUCCUCCUUAUUACGCAAAUGGAAGGAAGAAAGGUUAUUUUAAUAUAGAAGAGAUGAAGGAUCUAUGGGAGGAGAAAGGUUAUGGAUAUCUUGAGUUAAAGAGUCAAACCCUGAGAGAUCAGGCCUGAAGAUUGGAAAAAAUGCUGCAGGAUUGUACGAGGAACAAAGGGAACUUCAGUUUAGCGGACGGAAACGAGGGAGAACCUGAGUCUAGUAAAAGAGAAGUUGUCGAAGAAAAUAGUCAAUCUGCUUAUCAAAACAAUGUUCCCCGGCAAGCUGAAAAUGCUAAUUUUGCAAACUCCACCGCCGUAGCCAGUAUGAGGCGAACCGAGGCACUCGCCUCGGUAAAAUUUUACCAAAUACUGUCGAUUUUUAUUUUUUUUAUCAGACUGAUAAUAUUAGAAGAUUUCAUACGGCUGAUUUCGUGCAACGGACCGUGUGUUCGCCUCGGUUGUAGUUUCUUCCUGGCUACGGCCCUGAACUCUAUGAACUUGGAUUUGCAUACGUCGGUGAUUGACUUGGAUGUGGUUCGGAUGUGGUUCAUCUAGCAAGUAAUGAAGUGAAUCAAAUCAAAGAAAGACUAUCGUCAACUCGUGGGAACGUUGUUUAGAAAAUAAUCAGUUGGUUAUCACGUCUGGUUUUCCCACAGUAAAUUUUAGGAAAUGAUAGAAAUUCAGAUUAUAAAUAUACUAUCCUUGUUCUGGAAACACAGUACUUUUCUUGCUGUUUAUUGCACUUUAUUUAUUUAGGUAUAUAUUUAAAAACAAACAAAAACAAAAACAUCAGCAAAACAAAUAAGCAAACAAAACAAAACAAAACAAAAAUGGAAGAAGGGAAAAAGAAGGUCCUUAGCAGAAUAUG